AUGACAGAUUGGCUAAACGGAUUAAAUGACGUAAUCAAUGAAUCAGCAAUUAAGAAGAACAAAAAUAGAAGAAACAGAAAGAAGAAUACCAAGAGGAAGAAUAAGAGGAAUAAGAAGAGGAAGAGAAAAAAAAGAAGGAGUAUCAAAAGGAAGACCAAGAGGAAUAAGAAGAGAAAGAGAAAAAAAGAAGGAGUAUCAAGAGGAAGACCAAGAGGAAUAAGGAGAGAAAAACCAAGAGGAAGAAAAAAACCAAGUAGAACAAAAGAACAAAGAGGAAAAGAAAGAGGAAGAUUAAGAAUAGAAAAUGAAAAAGAAAAUGAAAAUGAAAUUGAAGAUGAAAUUGAAAAUGAGAAUGAAGUUGAAAAUAAUGAAGAAAAUGAAAGGCUUCCAUUAUCACUACACUUUCAUAAAUUUAACUAUUAA